CGAAUAUAUGAAUAUGGUCCUUGUUUAGUAUUAAUAAGAACUUCAUAUGUUCUACAUCUGUUCUAUAGAAGUAAUAGAAGUUUAAGAGUUUAAGCUAUUAUUUAUUCCAGAAGAAAAUUUUAAAGAGAAUAUUUGCAAUCUUACUUUUACAACACGUCAGCGAUCUCAUCAGCGAUACAUUGAAAAAAUAUUUGUGAAUAAUUUAAGUUAAUAAUGGGCAAAAAAAAAGGAAAGGGAAAAUCAGGUCAGGAUGAUUCGAAGAAACCUACUGAAACUGCACCAGAAGCCUCAAGUUUAAAUCCCCAAGAAGAUAAGCCUGGACCAAAGGAAGUUGAAAAACCUAUUGUGAAACAAGAAGCAGGGCAGAAAAAAGUUUGGGGUAAAGUUGCAGAACCCCCUCAAGUUCCAAGUGGUGAUCCACAACAACAAGAAAAAGGAGAUCAUCGUGAGGUCGGUGAACAACGCUCAAAAGGUGGCAAACAAGAUCAAAGUUCGGGUGCUGAACAUCCCCCUCAAAGUGAUAAACAACCCGCUAAAGGUGGACAGCAAAAAAAGAAAGGGGGGCCACAUCAAAAGGGUGAUCAACAACAGACCGAUCAACAACCUCGAGGCCCUCAACCACCUGGUGGGCAACAACAAAAAGGGGAACGUCCGGGAAGUGCUCCGUUCCAGAAACGUGAACAACCUAAAGUUCAACGCCCGGCUAGUGCAGUUGUUAGUCCAAGUAGUACCGGAACUAUUCCAAAAACUGAACAAAAACAACCACCAGGAAAGCAACCAGGGAAAAAACAAGAUGGGGUAAAAAAUGUACAAGCAUCCAGUUCAGCUCCUGUUAUGAGUGCUGAACAAAAAACUAAUAUUGACAAAUUAAGUACACAAUUACAGUUAAACUUAAAUUUUGAUUCAAUCAGUCCAAAUUCCAAAAAAGGUGGAACAAAGGGAAGAUUAUGUAGAAUUGAAACAAAUUAUUUGAAAUUAAGAUUAACUAAAUUGAAAAAAACCGCGUAUCAUUAUGAUGUAGAAUUCACACCUGAAAAAGGACCUAAGAGAUUUUAUGUACUAGCUAUGGAAAAUUUCCGUUUGAAAUAUUUUCCAAAUAAACAUCCAGCUUUUGACGGUCGAAAAAAUUUAUAUAGUGCGGUACCAUUGAUUGACGCUAGAAAUAAAGUACCGGUUAUGGAAGGUGAAGUUAGUAUAGAAGAUGAAAAUAACCGAGCUACAGAUUUUAAAAUAAAAAUACAAUUAGCUGCUACAAUUGAUUUGACAACAUUAGAUAAUUACAUGGCUGGUCAAAAUAUGGAAAAACCACAACGCGCUAUACAAUGUUUGGAUAUUGUGUUUCGACACGCUCCAUCCAUGGUAUUUACAAGAGUUGGGCGAUCAUUUUUUGCACCACCAUCGUCACCACAGAUCAUUAAAUUGACUGGUGGUAUGGAAUUAUGGCAUGGUAUUUUCCAGAGUGCUAUUUUGGGAUCUGAGCCGUUUUUAAAUGUUGAUGUCGCCAACAAAGCUUUUCCAAUUGAACAAACCGUGAUACAACUUUUAUUAGAGUUAAUGGAUACAGGUUUUCGUGAACCUCGGGAUAAUAGACCUGCACUUAAUUCGGAAUUGCGAUUCGACAUUUAUGAUAAGUUGAAAGGAUUUAUUAAAGGAUUAAAAAUUAAAUAUCAAAUUCCACAAAAAGCAACCACAACUCGCAUCGCUAAAGUUGUAAAUGUUGUUGGAUCUGCAAGAAAAGAAAAAUUCAAAUUAAAUGACACUCAAGAAAUGACAGUAGAAGAAUAUUUCCUUAGAGAGAAGAAUUAUAGGUUGCAAUAUCCAAAUUUGCCAUGUUUACACGUUGGAAAUCCAAGUAAAAAAAUAUAUUAUCCUGCAGAACUAUGUACAAUUGUUGCUGGUCAAGUAAUCAAUAAAAAAUUGAAUGAAGAACAAACUACGAAAAUGAUUAGGCAAACAGCUACGUCGACAUAUGAUAGAAAACAGAAGAUUAUGUCAACUGUUAAUAAACUCCAAUUCAAUGAUAACUUAUGCAUGAAAGAAUUUGGAUUAGAAGUGGACCAAAAAUUCGUAGAGGUGAAUUCACGUGUCUUAGAUCCACCUGAUUUACGUUAUUAUAACAAUUUCGUAAGACCUCAAGAUGGAACUUGGCGCCCAAGUAAAUUCUUCCAAUCAUCUAGAAUGAUACAAUGGACAAUAUUAAAUUUGGAUUAUCGUAUGCGCAAAGAGGAAUUAAAAAGAUUCGAAGAUAUGGUAAAAGACUCAGGAAUGCAAAUGGGUAUGACUGUUCAAAAUCCACUGGUGUCUAUGGCACUCGAUAUCGAUCGAGCAAGACCAGAUGACGUAGAUAGAUACUUCAUGGACUGCGCAAAAAAACAAAUUGAUUUGGUGUUUAUUGUGUUACCUUCGCAAAGAACUUCAGACGUAUAUUGUCAGAUGAAACAGAAGGCUGAACUUAAACAUGGUGUUUUAACACAAUGUAUUAAAUCUAAAACGAUGAGUAGAAUGAAUCGAUCAACUGUGUCGAAUAUUCUUCUUAAAGUGAAUGCCAAACUAAAUGGCACCAAUCAUGUGUUUAAGACACCUCCAAAAAUAUUAAUUGAUGAAGUUUGUAUGAUUGUUGGAGCUGAUGUAACUCAUCCAUCGCCUGAUCAACAGGCUGUUCCAAGUGUGGCAGCGGUUGCUGCCAGCUGUGAUUUACAUGGAGCUGUCUAUAACUUCCAUUGGAGUUUACAACAUCCAACUGUUGAAAUAAUUGAAGAUUUAGGAUCAAUCAUAAAAAAACAACUAAUGCAAUUUAGAGAAAAAACAAAAAAAGUUCCUACUUCAAUUCUAUUUUUUAGAGAUGGGGUCUCUGAAGGGCAAUUUUCUGAAGUCCGACAUAAAGAAAUAUCAGCUAUUGAAAAAGCUUGCCGUGAAUUAAGUCAAAGUUAUAGGCCUAAAAUAACAUUUUUAGUUGUGCAAAAAAGACAUCAUACAAGAUUUUUCCCCAUACGCCGAGAAGAUGGAGAUAAAAAUGGAAAUGUACAACCAGGAACUUGUGUGGACUCGGUUAUUACGUUCCCGAAUAAAAUGGAUUUUUAUUUAUGCAGUCAUGCCUCUUUACAGGGUGUAAGCAGGCCAACCAGAUAUUGUGUUCUAUUAAAUGAGCAUAGUUUUAAUGAAGAUGAUAUCGAAGAACUAACGUAUUAUCUUUGUCAUUUAUUUACACGAUGUACAAGAUCUGUUUCAUACCCAGCACCCACAUACUACGCACAUUUAGCUGCAUUUAGAGCACGAAAUUAUCUUAAUGGGCAUUCGAUUGACAUGGAAAAUUUGAAAGCAACAGAACAACGUUUUCUAAUUCAAAAUAAUUUCCAUAAGAAUAGUCCUAUGUUUUUCGUUUAAUAAUUACAAUCAUUUGUUAAAUUGUUAGUUAAGUGUAAUCUUAAUUAAUAUUCAAUAAGUUUUUAAUGAAGGCAAUUAAUAUGAUAAGUUUUCAAUGGGGGCAUCAAUCUUCUAAUUUGUAUAUUUUGUUUGUUAAUAAAAAUUUACACAUUUAUAUGAGUACACGUUAGUUAAGUUUAAUCUUAGUUAAUAUUCAAAAAUUAAAUUUUCAAUGAAGGCAAUUAAUAUGAUAAGUUUUCAAUUGGGGCAUCAAUUUUCGGCUGAACUUCUAAUUUGUAUAUUUUAUUUGUUAUAAAAAAUUGACGCAUUUAUAUGAGUACACAUUAGUUAAGUUUAAACUUAAUUAAUAAAAAAUAAAUUUUCAAUGAAGGCAAUUAAUAUGCUAAGUUUUCAAUUGGGGCAUCAAUUUUCAGCUGAACUUUAAUUUAUAUAUUUUAUUUGUUAAUAAAAAUUUACACAUUUAUAUGAGUGCACGUUAGUUAAGUUUAAUCUUAACUAAUAUUCAAUAAAUAAGUUUUUAAUGAAGGCAAUUAAUAUAAGUUUUCAAUAGGUGCAUCAAUUUUCGGCUGAACUUCUAAUUUGUAUAUUUUAUUUGUUAAUAAAAAUUGACACAUUUUUAUGAGUGAUCUUAAAAUGCUGAAUUAACCCAAGAAUGAAAUGCGGCGAGAGAUGAGAAAAUUAUAUUUCAAUGAAAAUCAUGUGUGUCACUUCGUUUGUCGCCCAUAUCACUCUGGUAUAAAUUUAUUUUAACUCUUUUUUAUAUUUAGAAAAUUUUAAUUAUGUUGUUUUAGUUACAAUCUUCUAAUUUUUCGAUUGCACCUUUCUUUUUAAUACUAUAACUCAUUUUUGUUUUAAAAAUGUCAUAAUAAA